UUCGGAUGUUCGCUGGAUGGCGGUUAAAUAGAAAAAAGCACGCGUUGGUGGUUUGUAGUGAACUGAAUCCAGUGGUGGGAAGACGGUGAGAUCGAUGAUGGUCGACAGGAAGCAAGGUUCCUGUAUCCUCUACCUGAUGGAAGAGGAGAGAAGAGAGAAUGUCCCGGGUAGGUGGGGUCUUUGAUUAUGCUGGCUGCUUCACCAAGACAGCGAGAGCAUUCAAGCAAAAGGUAUUAAAGAAGUUAUAUUGUUCAUCACCUCUUGAAGAAAAGACAAAUGAAGCUCCAGCCAAAAAAUCAAGGGCAAAGCAAGAAAAGAGGGAAGUGGAAAGAAACAAAUCCAGUGAUGCAAUAGGUACUUCACAAAUUGUUCCUGAAUGCAGGAAAGUCUAUACAGUGAGCCUACCCCCUUCUGGAUAUGAAGUGUGUGCAACUAGACCAAAUGAGCGGCAUGAACCUCAAAAAUCAAGUGAAGAAGAAUCAGAAGAAAGACAUUCUGCAAAAGAAUUCCAAAGAAAGCAUAAGCGGAAAAGGAAGUUCAAGAGCUCAGUGCUUGAAAGCUUUAGUGAAAAGACACGAACAGAAUUUCAACAGCCAACAAUGUUACAGACUGACAUCUUGCAAACAUUGACAUUAUAUUCUGCAAAGUCUGAAACAGAAAUGUUAACUAAAAACAGGAGAAGAAAACUGAAAAAGAAACGACAUAAAGAAAAGCUAAAGGCGGCUGGACUGGUAUCGAAAGCCACAGCUGUGGAAUUAAUUUAUCAACCAGGGGAGGGCAGCAAUGAUGAUGUUGCUGAAGCUGAAAAAGCAGUUGAGGUCAUUGACUUAAAUGCAACCUAGGAAUUGUACCUUGCUGUUUUACAUUGCUAUCUUUAACAUUCUUGGAUAAUUUCUUCCCCAGCAUUGAUUUCCAGUCCCUAAACUCCAAUAUUCAGAACCCAGAGCAUGUAAUGUUCCUAGAAUUGGAAGGUUUAAUCAGUUAUCACUGUUGUCAGCAUUUUUAUGGGAGAAUGCAGUUUUUUCCAUGUGCACAUUUAUAGUAUUUUGUAGAGAACAGUUUAAAUGAUUUUGCCUUUCUACCCUUUUGCUUAAGAUGAUGCCAAUUUUUCAAUAUUUGCCUGCCAUGCAACUGCCAUUAAGUCUAUUUCAUUCUUGAACAUUUGUACCAAAAGGCUGAAACAAAGGAUCGUUUUUAUCAAACUUUUCAUUAUUUUGCAUCAUUGUGCAAUUGUCUUAGUGUAAAAUUAAGUUAUUUUGAGAUAUAACUUGUUUCUACAUAUAUAUGUAGAGAAUUGAUUUACAAUUAAUGUUACAGUUAAAAUAUUUCUAUGAUGCAAGCUGAAUAUGACAUUAAACUGUUUUCCUGUC